CAGAGGGAAGAGGAAGUCGUGUGCAGUUGAAAGGCUUCCUCCUUCUGCAGGCUUCAGCAGCAGUGACGGAGCGGAGGAGAGAACGAGACUCAGACGACAGAGAGCCAGGCGCUUCACUGAUGAGCUCACGUUCAGUCACUGGACACAGUCACCAGUUCAUAGUUUCCAGGUGCAGGUUAGAUCGAGUCUGUGCUGCUUCGGAGCAGUGGUGAGGAGAGUUCCUGUCGGGUUUGUAGUCAUCAUGGGCGCACUAGGAAGGUUUUAGGUCACUGAGCACUGCUAUCGCUGCUGAUCUGAGGUGAGCUGGCUGGAGAUGGAGCUGUGGAGACAGUGUGCCGGAUGGCUGAUCCAGUGCCGAGUGCUUCCUGAGAACCACAGAGUCACCUGGGACAGCGCACAGGUGUGUGAUCUGGCCCAUGCGCUCAGAGAUGGAGUGUUACUCUGUCAGCUGCUCAAUAACCUGCUGCCUCAGUCUGUCAACCUGCGCCAGAUUAACCUACGACCCCAGAUGUCUCAGUUCUUGUGUCUGAAGAACAUCAGGACGUUCCUGUGUGCCUGUCAGGAGAAAUUCGGUAUGAAGAAGAGCGAGCUUUUCGAGGCCUUCGAGCUGUUUGACGUGCGUGACUUUGGCAAGGUGAUCAACACACUGUCCAUCCUGUCCCAGACACCGCUGGCGCUGCAGAGAGGAUUCCGACCGUUUCCAGAUGAAGCGUGUGUCGGAGAUGAUGACAUCUACAGCGGCCUUUCAGACCAGAUCGAUGACACGGUGGAGGAAGAUGAUGAUCUUUACGACUGUGUGGAGGAAGACGAGAAUGAAGGAGAUGAUAUUUAUGAAGAUCUGAUGAGGACAGAGGAACCAGAAACACAGCAGAAGGUUGAAGUGGACAAGAGGAGCUGCUGUCUUCAGGAGAUCAGACAGACAGAGGAGAAAUACACCAACACACUGGAAUCAAUACUUCAGCACUUUCUGAAGCCGCUCCAGCCCUUCCUGCAGCGUGUGGACAUCGAGAACAUCUUCAUCAAUAUUGAAGAUCUGGCCAAGACCCAUCGCUCUCUGUUUGUGGAGCUGCAGGAGUCCAUACUGCAUUCACGAGCCGAGAAUCUCUAUCAGAUCUUCAUCAGCUACAAAGAGAGGCUGUUGUUGUAUGGACGUUACUGCAGUCAGGUGGAAGCUGCCACCAAACACCUGGACAAAAUCACCAGCACACAUGAAGACGUGAAGAUGAGACUGGAGGAGUGUUCGAUGAGAGCCAACAGCGGCAGGUUUUCACUGCGAGAUCUGCUGAUGGUUCCCAUGCAGAGAGUCCUGAAGUACCAUCUGCUGCUGCAGGAGCUUGUGAAACAUACAGUGGACCAACAAGAGAAAGAAAACUUGCGCACUGCACUGGAUGCCAUGAGGGAUCUGGCUCAGUGUGUGAACGAGGUGAAGCGAGACAAUGAGAUCAUCCGUCAGAUCACAACGUUUCAGCUGUGCAUCGAGAACAUGACUCAGUCUCUGGCGUUAUACGGACGACCCAAAAUAGACGGGGAAUUCAAGAUCUGCAAUGUGGAGAAGAAAUCCAAACAGGACCGGUACGGCUUCCUCUUCGAUAAGGCUCUGUUAGUGUGUAAGAAGCGCAGCGGAGAGAAUCUGGAGCUGAAGGAGCUGAUUGAGCUUCAGCAUUACCAGCUGAGAGACGAGCCUUCAGGAGAGAAGGACAGCAAGAAGUGGACACACACCUUCCUGCUGAUGGAUCUGUAUGGUCAGAGUGGAUACGAUCUCUUCUUUAAGACCCGAGAGCUGAAGAAGAAGUGGCUGGAGCAGUUUGAGAUGGCACUGUCCAACAUGUGUCCAGAGAACGGCACGGCUAACGGUCAUGACUUCCAGAUGCACUGUUUUGAGGACACCACCUCGUGUAAAGCCUGUCAGAUGCUCCUCAGGGGGAUCUUCUACCAGGGCUACCGCUGCUCGCGCUGUAAGAUGGCGGCUCAUAAAGAGUGUCUGGGUCGAGUUCCUGUGUGCGGACGAAGCUCUGAAGUCUCAGGAACACUCAAGAAGAAUAAAACGAUGAAGUUAACAUCUCAAAAACAGACCAAACCAGGUCUGCCGAAGAUGGAGGUGUGUAUGGAUUACUGCGGUCUCCCUCCUCCGCCGGUGGGCUUCGGUCAGCCGCUGCAGCUGUGUGUGGGAGACGUGGUGGAGCUGAUGCGCGCCGAGAUCGACCUGCAGUGGUGGGAGGGCAGGAAUCUGACCAUCGGAGAGGUCGGCUGGUUUCCCUGCAGUAAAGUUCAGCCGUUUGUGCCGGUGCCUCCUUCAGAUUUAACAGGACUGCCCUGGUUCGCUGGUAACAUGGACCGGACCGGUGCUAAAACUCUGCUGACGUCUCGCUCCGAUGGGACGUUUCUGGUGCGGCAGAAAGAUGCUGGAGAGUUCGCCAUCAGCCUCAAGUUCAACAUGGACACCAGACACAUAAAGGUCACGUACUCAGAGGGACUCUACAGGAUCAACGAGAAGAAAGCCUUCAAGGGACUGUUUGAGCUGGUGCAGUACUAUCAGGAGAACUCGCUGAGAGAGUGUUUUAAGGACGUGGACUCCAGACUGCAGACGCCGUACAAGCAGCCGGGGGAGAGCGCCGCGCCGCAGCACAGAAACACACAGCACGCAGGUGUGGGCGAGCGCUACCACGGCACGGCUAAAGUGCGCUAUGAUUUCUCUGCUCGUGACCGCACCGAGCUCUCUCUGCGAGAGGGAGACACCGUCAAGAUCAUCUCCAAGAAAGCUCAGAACGGCUGGUGGAAGGGAGAGGUGUACGGCAGGGUGGGCCUUUUCCCUUCUAAUUACGUGGAGGAGGAGCAUUCAGAUUACUGCUGAGCAUCAGACUCCGAGCGAAACACUCAGUCGCUCACAGCAUGUGUCUCUCAGCUGAGCGUCAGUCACUGGCUCGGACACACACACACAGAGAGAGAGAGAGAGAGAGUUCUUCACUAGACGAGUGGAUGAUUCAGCGUUUCAUACAGACUCCAGCUCAGACUGGUUUAAUCCAGGAGUAACUCAGAUUAGGUUUGACGGGUUCAGAGCAGCUCAUUAGGGUUUCAGUGGUUGUAUCAGGGUGUUCUUCCUUCAGAUUCUAAUUAAAGUGGUUUUAAAAGCAUUGUGCUGUUCAACAAACACAGAGACUUGAUCGUACAUAAAUGUAAACUUUAUUUCCAGAUUAUAUCAAAACAAUUCGACUGAACAAAUAUUCUGAUGCCUCGAGACAUGAUGAAACGGUCUUGCUCCACAAACUGUGUGUGUGUGUGUGUGUAGUAAUGUGUUGCUGUGUAAGUGUGUGUGUGUGUGUGUUCUACUGGUAAUAGAGCUCGAGGUUCAUGCCGUCGUGGAUUUCAUCUGAUGCCUGGAGUCAAGGAUCUGGACGAUUAUUAUUAUUAUUAUUAAUGCACAAAUCUCCAACAGCAGCCUUAAAAGACAGAUUGAAUGUGUCGCACAGACUUAUGGGACAGUUUUACUCAACACAAAGCACUAACUAACCCAUGAUAGAACACUUUGCAGUAAGGUUUCAUUUGUUAAGUGCUUCAGUUCGGUAAAUACUUCUUGCGUUAGCGUUUAUUAAUCUCAGGUAACGUGAACUCUGAACAUUCACUCUAUAAACACAUGGUGGUGAGAUUUCAUUCAUGUAAGUUUUCCCAGUCUGUCUAAAAUACCCUUCUCAUGUGCAUCUCAUGGAAGAACAAUCCUAGUUAUUGUUUUACAUGCAUAAACCAAAUAAAAUUAUACAAAUAUGA